UAAGGUGCAGACACCGCAGUCAAAACAUGAAAUCUACAGCAUGGUCAGUCUCAUUAUUAUACUCUGUGACUCAACUGAACGACUCUCAUCUCAUUCGACCAUGAUCCAACUGAAUCUACCCGUGCAACGUGGCUCUUAGAAGAAAGAAAGAUGUCUAAAACCACAAAGAAGCAUGUAACGAGAGUGAUGACAUACUCCAAAGCUGAUGUAGAAAAUGCCCUAGCAGAAAUAAAAAAAGGCAUGUCCAUUCGAAAUGCUAGCAAAAUUUUCCAAAUUCCCAGAACGACCCUUCUCUACAAACACACAGGAAAAUCUCCUAUUUCAGCCAAAAAGGGUCCAGCUCUCGUAUUAACAGAUAAAGAAGAAUCUCAGCUCGUACAGUGGUUCAUGAAUGUCAGCGCAAAAGGAUUUACUGUAACCAAACAGCAACUUUUAGACAGUGUACAGAUAUUAGUAAACAAAGUCGUCAAGAGGAAAACACCAUUUUGUGAUGGCCGACCUGGUCGUCACUGGUAUGAAAAAUACAUUCGUCGUCACCCAAACCUUUCACAAAAAAUUGAAGAAAACUCUGGAGAAAGAAGAGCACCUUUGUCCGAAGAGAGGAUAAAAAAGUGGUUCCUUGAGGUAAAAAAGCUUCUAUACGAAAAAGAUCUCUUGGAUAUCCACCCGUCUCGAAUAUUCACCUGUGAUGAAGCUGCCUUCUUUUUAAAUCCGGAGGGUGACAAAACGAUUAUUCAAAGAGGGUCGAAAACAGUUCAUAAUUUAGCCAAAAGCAACGAUAAAGAAUGUUUAAUAAGCAUGUUCACAGCCAAUGCUGCAGGAAAUUUAGCACCUCCCAUGGUUAUGUUUCGAUACCAAAGAACCCCUUACAGUAUCACUACCAGUAUUCCCGAUGACUGGGCUCAUGGAAAUUCGGAAAAUGGAUGGAUGAAUGGCAGGACAUUUUAUGAUUACAUAACUGAAGACUUUUACCCUUGGCUUUUAGAAAAUAAAUUUGAAUUUCCAAUAGUUCUGUUCCUUGACAAACACUCCUCGAAUAUGACGAUGUCUUUGAGUAACUUUUGUGCAGAAAAGAAUAUAGAAGUCAUUCCUCUUCACCCGAAUGCCACACACAUUAUUCAGCCUUUGGACGUGGCAUUUUUCCGCCCAAUGAAAUCGAUUUGGAAGCACAUCAUUGAUCAGUGGAAUAUAGAUAAUUUUGGAAGGAAAUUUAGGAAAGAGAACUUUUCUUUUGCUUUAAAACAGGCAGUGGAUUUCGUUUAUGACGUUGAAAAUCUUAGGAAUGGUUUCAUGGAUUGUGGACUGUGUCCCUUUUCUCCAGAGGCGAUCAAUUAUUCUUUGAUUAAAGAUUCUGCAGCUUAUAAAGAAUUCAGACUCUUGGGUAGUAAAUCUCCUGCAGAUGAGUGUGCAGAUAAAAGUGAAAGGUUUCUGCAUUUGUUUGAAAUGCAUUUACCAGAUGAUAAAUUGACUUUAUUUAAAGAGAAUGAACAUAAUCCACUAUGGGCGGGAGAUGAAAAGGACACGAAUCUUUUUUAUUUUUGGAUGAACGUUAAGAUGCUUGCUAAUACUUCCAUAGAUAGCAUAAUGGAUAUGUGAUUAUAUUUUAAAGGUAAUUUUCAGCGGUUAUUUCUAUGGUAAAGUUAUUAAUAACUAAUGAAUAUUUUUCGGGUUAUGUCGUUAUUUAUAAAAUAUUAUUAUUUGAUAUAGGUAAAACAUGAGUGUAUAAGGGAAAAAUCCAAAAUAUAAAAUCUGAACAGGAAUAUAACUAAAGUUUGUAAAAAGUAAAACUAUUAUAAAGUUAAAAAGUAUGCCUUGUGAAAUAGUGUUAUUAUUAUUUAAUGCGAAACUGUGAUGUUGAUGUGUUCAUCAAAAUGCCGAAGAUAUUGUAACUUGUCAAUAAACUUGUUUCAUUGUU